AUGGAUUAUUAUCUAUAUACGUUAAUUUUUUGCUUCAAAAUGUGGUCAGCUGUGACAACAGCAGGUGAAGAGCUUCGGCCCGGGCUGGAAAUGGAAGUGGGCAAUGGAAUUUCGUCCGGUCUUGUGAUGUAUUAUAACAUGCGUCGACUAGAAAUUGACGGAAAAUACGACAAGUCUUUAAAUGAGUUUAGAAAUAAACUAGAAGAGGAAAAAGAGACUGAAAUCAAUCAACUUCGAGAAGGGAUAAAAAUUGCUGAAGAUGCCGCCAUUAGUAUUGGAACGAAUGUUAUGAAAGCAGAAGGAGGUGCCACUGGUAGGUGUAAAUCAGAAGUUUUUCGAGGAAUGUAUGAAGUUGUUGAAUGGGAUACAUCUGCCAAUCUAUGCCAAUUUAAAAAUGAUGAAUCAUAUGCCUAUCGUCGUAAAUACGAUUCAAAAUGUUUUUAUCAUGUGAAAAAUUUACUUUUGAAUAGUUCAACUCCAAUCUCAUAUUCAACAUUAUCAACUCUAUUAACUUCUUAUUAUCCAAAUGUAACAGAUUUUCAGCUUAAAAAUGUCAAAUUAAUUAACAAUAGUACGACAACUCUACAAACAAGUAUAAUUACUACUUUAAAUUUUGUUCGAUGUUUACAAUUAGACAAUACGAUUGAUACUGCAAAGUUAUCAUUAAAUGAUUUCUGA